AUGGAUGUUGUUCUCUUUGAAAGAACAAUGACAAAAUUAAUUACAAUAUUAAUAUUUUUUUUUUUAUUAUUUAAUGUUAUUAAAAGUUCUUCAACUGACCAAAAUUGCUUGAAUACUCUUAAAAAUCAAUUAAAUGUAAAAGAAUGUAUAAUUUGCCAAAAGGAAAAUUGCAUAAAUACAUUUGAAUCAUGUAUUUCUGGUGAUGAGGAAAAUUUAAGUGUAUUCUUAGACCAAAUUCCAAUUGAUAGAUUUGAUCCUACAUGUUUUAAAAAGGUCAAAGAAUUAACCAUAAAAAACUUGAAUUUUACAGAGUAUUUGGAUUCAUUCAAUGGUACAUCUAUUUCACUUAUUGAUUGUACUUAUGAUAAUUUAAAUUCAAUUAAGCAUAAUAAGAUAUAUUUAACACAUCUAAAUAUUACUAAUUUAAAAACACAAGAGAUUGGGGAUAUUGCUAUUAAUUUUAUUAAAACCUUAAUAGGAUUUAAAUCUAUUUCUUAUUUUUCAUUUACUUUCAGUAAUAUUAUCGGGGAUUUCUCUGAAUUCACGGCCGUGUUGGAAAAUUUAGAAAUUAAAAGUUUUGAAAUAAAUAAUAAUCAACUUGUUGGAACUAUUAAUUCAUCAUGGUGUAAUACCCUUUUAAAAAUUAAUAAUAACAAGUUAUCCGGUGAAUUACCAUCUUGUUUUACAUGUCAUAUUUAUAGUGAUUACGUUAAAAGUAUGAUUAUUACUGGAAAUAAAUUUACAAAUGAAAAUCCAAUAGCAGAUUGUAAAACUUUAAAACCAAACCUUUUUUAUAAUUCCACUAGUCGCGAACUGUAUCUCUAUGGUAAAGAUUUAGGUUUUAUAUCUGAUGAUAUUAAAAAUGAUAAAUAUACUUUCAAUUUAGAGAAACCUUCGAAAUUAUUUAUAGCAACUAAUGUAAAUGAAUCAGAUUUACCAAAAUAUUUAAAUAUUACCUUUUCAGGAGCAAAAAAAGAAUUUUCAUUAUCUACAACCAAAAUAGCACCAAUUGUAUCCUCGAUAACAAUUUCAGAAAUAUUAGAUUCAAUAACCUUUACUGGAACAAAUUUAAAUGAUCCACCACCAAUUUCAAUCUUGAUUGGUGAUAAAAAUUACACAGACCUAAAUUUUAAUUUUAAUCAAGUCCAAUGUAAAAUUCAAAGAUUAAGUUAUGAUGAUGAUUUUGUAAUCGUUAAAAUUAUUAAUGGAGAUGAUUUUUACAAAUUCAGUACUACUAUAUAUACAUAUAUAAACCAAAGCAUACAAGUUGAUUAUUGUUCAAAAGUUUGUAAAAAACUUGAUGAUGGUGUUUGCAUUAAAAUAAAAGAAUAUUGUGGUGGUGGAAAUAUAAUAUCAAAUUCUUGUACUUCUUCAACAGCAGGCGGUUGUAAUUGUUCAAAUGAUUUUCAAAAUUCUUUUUGUUCCUAUAUACCUUGUCCUAUGGAUUGUAAUUCUGAAUCUAACCAAGGUAUAUGUAAUUAUCAAACUGGUAAAUGUGAAUGCCUACCAUAUUACCAAGGUCUGGAUUGCUCUUUACCAAAUAAACCCUGUAAUACCAAUUGUAGUUUUGAUUCCGAUCAAGGUAAAUGUAAUACUCAAACUGGUAAUUGUGAAUGCUCACCAAAUUUCCAAGGUAAAAAUUGUGAAUUACCAUUAAAAUAUUGUUCAUCAGACUGUAGUGCACCAUUAAAUAAAGGUUUUUGUAAUGAUCAAACUGGUAUUUGUCAAUGUUUUCCAAAUUAUCAAGGUUCAGAUUGUUCUUUACCAUUAAAAGUUUGUACAUCAGAUUGUAGUUUCGAUUUAAAUCAAGGCUGGUGUAAUAAUCAAACUGGUACUUGUCAAUGUAAACCAAAUUAUCAAGGUUCGGAUUGUAAAACUCCAUCACAUUAUAUUACAUCAGUUAUUCCAUGUUCAAUUGAUGGUGGUGAAGUUUUAAUUAAUGGUUGGUUUGGUAAUAAUAAUGAUGGUACAAAUUUACUAUCAUCAUAUAAUAUUGUUAUAGGUAGUUUAGAUUGUAUUGUUACAUCAAUUAAUGAAACAGAAAUUAAAUGUAAUCUUGGAGCAGGUACCGGUACAAAAAAUAUUAAAAUUAUAAAUUCAAUUAAUCCAAAUGUAAUUUUCAAUGGUAAUGGAUUAUUUAAUUAUCAAAAUCCAAUUAAAACUUGUCCAAAUAGUUGUACAAGUUUAAAUAAUGGUAACUGUAAUUCAAAUACAGGUGAAUGUCAAUGUAAUGAUAAAUUUAGAGGUUUCGAUUGUAGUACACCAAUUAAAAUCAUUGAAAGUGCACCAUCAACAAAUACAUCAAUCAAUAAAGAAACAGGAGGUAUAGAACUUACCAAUCAAGAUACAAUAUAUGAAAUUUCAAUUAUAUCAUUAAAUGAAAUUUCAAUUGAUGGUUCAAUUAUAAAAUCAUAUCAAUUAAAAGACAAUUGGUCAAUUUAUAAUAUAAAUGAUGAAUCAACAACAAAAAGAACAACAACAACAAAAAGAACAACAACAACAACAACAACAACAACAACAACAACAACAACAACAACAACAGAUUUCAAUAAUAUAUUCAUGUUUUCACAAAAAUUAAUUAAUAAUACAUGUAAAAUUACUUAUACCAUAGAAGAGAUUAAAUUAAAAGAUAAGAACUUUACAUUUGGAACAACAACGUUUAAAGUUGAAAAAGAUUCAAUAAAAUUAUCAGUUUUAAUUCAAGAUUAUCAAUAUCAAAGUUCAUUAAAUACAUUACAAUUAAUAUUUUAUUCAGCAGUUGGAAAUGAUUCAAAUUCUAACAAUGAUGAUUGUAAUAAACAAGAUACAUCAAUUGAUACAUCAAAUGCAAAUAAUCAACAAAUUUCAAAUUAUAUUCAAAUUUCUAAAAAUUCAAAAACAUUAGUCGGUCGUUUCAUUAAUCAAGUCAUUGCAGAUUCAAGAUCAACUUUUAUGUCAAGUACAAUUAUUAAAGAUAAUGUAAAAUCAUCAUCAAUUAUGUUAGGAUUAAAUCUACCACAUUGUAAAGAAUGUUUAAUUGAUCCAGACUUUUCAGUUUUGGUUAGUCCAGAUUUUAAAGAAUCAUGUAAUGAAUCAACAAAUAAGAACAAAUGGUUUAUACCAGUCAUUGUCGUUGCACCUGUGGUAGGUUGUGCUGCAAUUCUUACUCUAUCUAUUGUUUUGUAUAGAAAGAACAAAUAUAACAUUAAAAUUGCUUCUGAAAAAUUAAAAUCUUUGAAAAGGAAAUAA